CCCGUUGUUUAAUUCAAAACUUGUAAUCACUCCAUAUAAAAAGUAAAUUACAUUGCCUUCUUUGGAUUGAUUAUAUGAACCAACUCAACCAAGUAACAGAAAGAACCAAUUACAGCCUUAAAUGAUGGCAACAGGGAUUUACAAGUUGGUUCUGGUUUUCACAUUGGCAACUCUUGGAUAUGCUGAGAGGAGCUUAUACGGAGAUAAUAGUUUUGGAAUGGGGAUUCAGGAAUGUGAAACCGGCGAAGGAGAUGGCAUUGAUGAGCUGUUAGACUUCCCGUCAUCAUUUACAAGUCAUCGUGGGAACAAAGUUGUUGUCAAUGUGGAUAGCUUUGGUGCUCUUGGUGAUGGAGUUUCUGAUGAUACUCAGGCGUUCACAGACGCAUGGACACAAGCUUGUUCUGCAGAACAAUCAGUCCUCUUGGUUCCAUCAGAUCGCCGUUACCUGGUCAAUGCCACGAGAUUUAAAGGUCCUUGUGUGCGCAACUUAGUAGUCCAGAUUGAAGGAACAAUUGUAGCACCGGAUGAGCCUGAAAACUGGGAUGCAAAAAACCCAAGAGUUUGGCUUGCUUUCUCAAACUUGCAAGCAGUCACAUUCCAAGGAAAAGGGGUUCUUGAUGGCUCUGGAAGAAAAUGGUGGGCAGCCUCUUGCAAAAAGAACAAAACCAAUCCUUGCAAAGGAGCACCAACGGCUUUUACUAUAGAUUUAAGUUCUGCUAUUAAGGUUAAAGACCUUACAAUUCAGAACAGCCAACAGAUGCACUUCACCAUAUCUCGGUCAGAAUCUGUGCGUGUCUCUGACGUAAAAGUUUCUUCCCCAGGAGACAGCCCUAAUACAGAUGGAAUUCAUAUAACUGAGUCAAAAAAUGUUGUACUCCAGAGCUGCCAAAUAGGAACAGGUGAUGACUGUAUCUCAAUUGUGAAUGCUAGCACGAAUAUCAUGAUGAAGAAGAUCUACUGUGGACCUGGCCAUGGAAUCAGCAUUGGGAGCCUUGGAAAGGACAACUCUGUUGGAAUAGUGACAAAGGUGGCAUUGGAUACUGCCUUCAUACGAAAUGCUACCAAUGGCCUUCGAAUUAAGACCUGGCAGGGAGGGUCUGGUUAUGUCCGCACAAUACGUUUCCAGAAUGUAAUGAUGGAGGAUGUAUCCAACCCCAUCAUCAUUGACCAAUUUUAUUGUGAUUCUCCAAAAUCUUGCCAAAACCAGACAUCUGCAGUACAAAUAAGUGGGAUUGUUUACAAGAACAUCAGUGGAACUUCAAAGAGUCAAAAUGCAAUGAAAUUUGCAUGUAGCAACAGUGUACCUUGUAGAAACAUUGUGUUGAACAACAUUAACCUGGAGACUAGAGAUGGCACUGCCGAGGUCUACUGCAACUCCGUCACCGGAAUUGGCUAUGGAUAUGUACAUCCGUCUGCUGAAUGUCUCAACUCAUCUGAGCAGAAAGUUAUGCAGCACAUAGAGGCUGAGCUAGCAGAAAAGAAUAAAUUUGUCCACCUUAUUCACACUGAGCUAUAAGAGCUUCUGAUGAGAUAUUUUCUUGAAAACACAUUAUUAUUUUUUCUUUAGUUUACUAUUUUGCCUAAGUUGCUAAAUCAUUACUAGGUGUCUCGGUAGCUGUACAGUCAAAAUUAAGACCGUUUGCUUCGAAAUACUCAGUGACUACUUGGUCUUGUAUUAGUAAAAGUAAUAACAUGAAUGCUACAGGCUUCUAAUAACAAUGGUCUUAAUAUAAUGUUAUAAAUAAAUGAAAAACAAUAAAGAUUCCCAAAGCAAAAAACUGCACCACACAGUGUGAGAGAUUCAUGGAAAGAAAUAAAAAGUUUAAUUUUAAGGGUACCCUCAAAAUAAAAGGAAAGGGUAUGAAAAGUUCACUACGAUCAGACAAGUCGAACUGUUCGACCAAGGGUAUGAAUGGAAAGAAAUAAAAAGUUUCUAUUGUUGCAUAUUUCAAACUACCUGAAAAGAAAUUGAGAUCAUACCAAAGUCUACUAAAACAGAUUUAUACCUCUUUUUAUCUCUUCUUCCAGGCAUGAUGCCCAUGCUAUAGGGCUCCACUUGAUUCCUCCAAUUGUUUGAGACAGAAUAAAUUUCCUUUAAGAACUCUUCUAUGGUAUUAUAAAAAAAAUAGAAGUAAACAACAAACAUACAAGCCCAUUUCACAUAAUUUCGUGAACAAACCAAAACAAACAUACCCAAUAUGUCCUACUUGGAUGUAGGUCCCGAGGAGGAUGAAAUCUAUUCAGACCUUACAUAGUUACAUCUAUCCCAAGUAGUAGAAAGGUUGUUCCUGUGAAGAUUUCAUCUAAAAAAAAUUACAAAGUUUUGAGGUGGUAAAAACUUAAAUAUUAGUGAUCUCUUGGGAAACUUUGAAAAUUUUGUAAAUGAUUGAAGUAAUAGUAAAAUGCAUCCAAUGGCAAAAAGUAGUGUGAAUAAUGUGGUAAAAACUGUUUAGACAAUAAUUUUACAUGAUUUCAUGAACAAACCAAAACAAACACACCCAAUAUGUCCUAAUUGGGUGUAGAUCCCGAGGAGGAUGAGAUCUAUUCAGACCUUACAUAGUUACAUCUAUCCCAAGUAGUAGAAAGGUUGUUCCUGUGAAGAUUUCAUCUAAAAAAAAAUUGCAAAGUUUGGAGGUGGUAAAAACUUAAAUAUUAGUGAUCUCUCAGAAAACUUUGAAAGUUUUGUAAAUGAUUGAAGUAAUAGGAAAAUGCAUCCAAUGGCAAAAUGUAGUGUGAAUAAUGUGGUAAAAACUGUUUAGACGAUAAACACCAAGUCACCAACUAAACAAGACAUAUAACAACUUCAAAAAGGACAGACAACAUCGAGAGUAAGAGAAUACAAAAAAUUGGGUAGAAACAUGACACACAUAAUAAUCAAGAAUACGAAGAAUUACAAAUAAAAAUGCAAAUCAAGUAAUGGUACAGUCAAUUUGUUAACUUACAUUAGCUUCGCGCAAAUUCCAAUAGAGAAAGCAUGUUUUAACUUUUGAUUUCCACAUACCACACAUCCUACACUCUCAAACCACCAAAUAUUAUGUCACAUAGUCUUUCCUCCUUUGUAAGCUCUUUGUUAUGGUACUCAGCUUCCAAGAUUUUCUUUUCCUUCCUGUAGAUUUCUAGCUCACCAGCUCUGCCAUUUUCUUCAAGGCCAUUUAAUAGGACGGAGUAUGUUCCUAAAGCAACAUUUAUCCCUUCCUUUUUCAUCUUUUCAAAUGUUUCAAGUCCUUUGUUAGCAUUAGCAGACGAGAAGUAAGCACGGAUUAGACUAGUGUAAACAACAGUGCAUUUUUCUUCAUAAGGCAGCAGGCAAAAUACCUUCUCAGCAAAAGCAUGGCCAUUUGAACAGCCAAGCCUUUGUAUUAGAAGAGCGCUAAGUUGUGAACCCAGAGUUUGUCCAGCACCUAAAAUUGCUUCAACAACCUCAACUAUUCUCUGAAAAGAAUUUUGUCUGACAAGUACACCGAUUAAAGUUAGAUAUGUGGUUUUCUCAAUGUCUAUGCCAAGUUUUUUGCAGAAAUCAAAUGCUAAUAAAGCCCCAUUUUGUCUCCCACAGUUACAAUUUGCCUCAAUAAUACUUGAGAUGAUUCCAGAGUCCAAUCCAAAGCAUUUCCCCAGCAAAUCAGUUAUCACAUGAUCAAUGGCUAUCAAGUUAUGCUUGUUCAACAAAUACAUGACAAGUUUUUCUUCAAGCUUGAAUCUGACAUCCAUAAUAGUGGAAUUAGAUUCAAAUGGCUGCACCUCCUGAUUGCAAUGAUAUGAUGAAAAGUGACGGUUAACUUGCUUAAGAAGAAUAACAUCGCUCACGCCUGACAUAUUUAAUAUUUCAAGAGCCUCCUGAUACACUGAGUAACGAAGGACAAGAGAGUUAUUUUUCAUGUACUCAAGAAUUUUCCUCAUGGUCCUUGUUUCCCUUGCUUUGCAGCAUUUCUCAAUCAAAAUAUUGCAUGUAGCUUUGUCUGGUUGUACCCCUGCUUCUUGCAUUUUAUUAAAGAUAUCUACAACUUUAUCAAACUUUCCUG